GUCUGUCUCUCUGUCUGUCUCUCUCUCUGUUCGUGCCAUGGAGGACCGCGGCGGGUCCCCGGACCAGAAGAGACCGUGUCACCACGCCAACGGCCUCCAUGCGCCCGGCGCGGCCGCGGAGCCCGGCGGCUGCUGCGGCAUCAGCGCCGGGGCCGGGAGCUGCGGCUCGGAGCAGGAGGAGCGCAGCGGGCCGCCGGGCAGGAGAUGCAGGACGAGGCGGAGGAUGGACUCCGGCAGGAAGAACCGGCCGCCGUUCCCCUGGUUUGGGAUGGACAUCGGAGGAACUCUGGUCAAGCUGGUGUACUUCGAACCCGUGGACGUGACGGCCGAGGAGGAGCAGGAGGAGGUGGAGAACCUCAAGUCCAUCAGGAGAUACCUGACCUCCAAUGUCGCCUACGGCAACACGGGGAUCCGGGACGUCCACCUGGAGCUCAGGAAGCUGAAGAUUUGCGGACGGACAGGAAACCUGCACUUCAUCCGCUUCCCGACGCAGGACAUGCUGGCCUUCAUCCAGAUGGGACGGGACAAAAACUUCUCGUCUCUGCAUACCUCGCUGUGCGCCACCGGGGGCGGGGCUUACAAGUUCGAGAACGACUUCAGGACGGUAGCCGACCUGCAGCUGUGCAAGCUGGACGAGCUGGACUGCCUGAUCCGAGGUCUGCUCUACGUCGACUCCGUCGGCUUCAACGGCCGCCCGGAGUGCUACUACUUCCAGAAUCCGUCCGACCCGGAGAACAGCGUCAAGCGGCCGUGCUCGCUGGAGAACCCGUUCCCCAUGCUGCUGGUGAACAUAGGUUCUGGUGUUUCCAUCCUCGCCGUCUACUCCAAAGACGACUACAAACGAGUGACAGGCACCAGCCUAGGAGGCGGGACCUUCCUGGGCCUGUGCUGCCUGCUGACCGGCUGCGGCAGCUUCGAGGAGGCUCUGGACAUGGCGGCCAGAGGAGACGCCACCAACGUGGACAAACUGGUGCGAGACAUUUACGGAGGCGACUACGAACGCUUCGGCCUGCAGGGCUCGGCCGUGGCCUCGAGCUUUGGCCACAUGAUAAGCAAAGAGAAGAGAGAGAGCAUCAGCAAGGAGGACCUGGCCAGAGCCACGCUGCUCACCAUCACCAACAACAUCGGAUCCAUAGCACGCAUGUGUGCUGUGAACGAGAGGAUAGAGCGAGUCGUGUUCGUGGGGAAUUUCCUUCGAAUCAACACAAUUUCCACCAAGCUGCUGGCCUACGCCAUGGACUUCUGGUCUAAAGGACAGCUGAAAGCCCUGUUCCUGGAGCAUGAGGGUUAUUUUGGAGCGGUCGGUGCCUUCCUGGAGUUACUGAGGAUGCCUGAUGACUUUUAAACCCGACCUUUGCGACCCCUAGUGACCUCAGCGACCCCAACAGCCUGAAUCCGCCCUGAAAGCCCAGAACCAAACGUACACAGCUGGACCAGAACUGCAGAACACUGUACAUAGACACUGUAUACUAAUCUAUAUACAUAUACUUAAAAGCAUUAUCUAUCUGAGAUGCUGUUUCAUGCUCUGGCCUCUUGGUGGCGCCAACCCUCGGAGGUCUGAUAGGAAAAUUUCCCCUCCUGCUUCUCUGGCUGCCGCAGUGCAUCACACCGCAUGAGACCAAUCAGAUUGCAUCUUUUUGAUGCGCAACCAAUCACAUCCGUACCUUGAUUUUGCUGUUUUUCAUCGGAGGACCGUCGGCAGCUCGCCCACACGCGGCCACCUGGGGUUACCCACAAUUCCCUGGUGCAAAUGAGGCCUGGAGGAUGUAACUGAACUCUGGGGCGAGCUGGAAGAUUGGGAGCGUUUGAUUUUGUUUAAUCGUGCUGUAUUAUACUACGUACGGGGGGAGCUUGACUGUGCCUCCAUGGACGUUUAAUGUGGACAGACCUGCAGGUUUGGGGGUGUUUGUUUUUGCCUCCAGGCCAGCCGUGCUGCUCGGCAAGAAAAGGGGCACGGGCGCUGAUGUUUCACCAUGGAGCGUCCCAGAGAUUGCUGGUGCUUGAUUUUGGCUCCAGGUCAGCCCUGGUGGGAGGGGAGGGUGCACCCUACAUCCUGGCAGUGUUUGAUUUGUCUCUGAGGCACAGCAAACUCCACCCGGCUGCUACUCGUAAGCGCAGAAACCUGUGGAACUUGGAUGUCAAAAUGCUACUGAAUUUCAACGGAUUGUGGAAGUGUGUGUAUGUGUGUGUGUGUGUGUGUGUGUGUGUGUGUGUGUGUGUGUGUGUGUGUGUGUGUGUGCAUGGUGUCAUUUCCUUUUAAUCUCAAAGAAAGAUUGUGAGGUUCCGUUUUUAACUUAUUGUUUUGGUAAUUUUUAUUUGUGUAGUUUUCUCACUGGGUUCCUGUAGUUUUUAUCAGAAGUGCAUCAUGUGAACGCAGCAGGCAGGUCCAGUGCCUUGCUCAAGGACACUUUGGCAGAAGGACGUGGCCCCUGCUGAGAUGUGGGUCGGUUCCCCGCCCGCUGUCUUCCUGCCUCAGGAUGUCUGUCUGACCUGCCUGUCUCCCUGUUGCCUUUUGUGUUUCCUGCCUGCUUAUUAAUAUUGUGUCCUACCUGUCCUCAUGCCUUACGUUCUCUUUGUUCUAUUUUAAAGCGUCACACCAGUGAUUUUCAGUGUUUGGCCCAUUUUCUUUACAUGUCAGCAAACCAUUCUGCAAAUAAUAAUCAAAAUGUGAGUUUCUGGUUGAAGCAGCCGCCUUAUAAAGUUCUCAA